CGCUAGCAGCCGCCGAGCAGCGGUGGGAUGCAGCAGAGGCACAAAGCCGGCGGGGGAAGCAGCCCACGGCUCGUCCCGGCAUGGGGACGCCGCGCCGGCUCUGCCUGAUGGGGCUGCCGCGGGUGCUCUGCUGCUCGGUCCCCCUCCUGCUCCUGCUGCUGCCCGCGGCAGAGCCCAUCUGCCCCGAGCCAUGCGACUGCCAGCAGCACCAGCACCUCCUCUGCACCAACCGGGGCCUGCGCUCGGUGCCCAAGGCGGCCGAGCCCCAUGACAUCCUCACCUACAGCCUCGGGGGCAACUUCAUCGCCAACAUCUCCGCCUUCGACUUCCACCGCCUGGCUGCGCUCCAGCGCUUGGACCUGCAGUACAACCGGAUCCGCUCGCUGCACCCCAAGGCUUUCGAGCGCCUGGGCCGGCUGGAGGAGCUCUACCUGGGCAACAACCUGCUGCCGGCUCUGGCUCCCGGCACCCUCAGCGCCUUGGCCAAGCUGCGCAUCCUCUACGUGAAUGCCAACGAGAUCGGACGCCUCAGCGCUGCCUCCUUCUCCGGCCUCGGCAGCCUGGUCAAGCUGCGCCUGGAUGGCAAUGAGUUGGGCUCGCUGGGUGACUCUACUUUCUCGGGGCUGCCCAACUUACUUUACCUGCACCUGGAGUCCAACCGCAUCCGCUGGCUGAGCCGCGGCGCCUUCACUGGCCUGGCUAAACUGCGCUUUCUCGACCUCUCUGGGAACCAGCAGAGCUCCCUUCGCCACCCGGAUAUCUUUGGGCCCCUACGCUCCCUCCACACCCUGCUGCUGGCCAGCAACAGCCUGCAGCAGCUGGCGGGAGGCCUCUUCCAGCACCUGCCUGGCCUAGCGAAGCUCUCGCUCAGUGGCAACCGGCUGUCUCACCUGGCUCCGGAUUCCUUCAUGGGGCUGGGCUUGCUGAAGGAGCUGCGCCUGGAGGGGAACCUGCUGAGCCACCUGCCCACUGCCCUGCUGGAGCCACUGAGCAGCCUGGAGGUGUUGGAUUUGAGUCGCAACUCGCUGACCACCCUGCACCCUACCACGUUUGGCCACCUUGCCCACUUGCGGGAGCUCAGCCUACGAGACAACGCGCUGGCCACGCUCCCCGGCGAGCUCUUUGCCUCCAGCCCAGCUCUCUACCGCCUGGAGCUGGAGGGCAAUGCCUGGAGCUGCGACUGCCGCCUGCGUGGCCUCAAGCGGUGGCUGGGGGCCUGGCACUCCCAGGGCCGCCUGCUCACCGUCUUCGUGCAGUGCCGCCUGCCGCCCGCCCUGACCGGCAAGUACCUCGACUACCUGCAAGACACCCAACUGCUGCCACCGCCUGAUGGCAGCACCUGCCACGAUGGCACCUCUCUCUCCUCUGUAUCCCCUCUACCGCCAGCAGAGGAACAGCACUGGCUGCUGCCAGCUGCCGAGGGGCUAGGUGGCAACAGCAGCGGCGGCCCGGGCCUGCCCCGUGGGCCGCCGCGGGCCCCACCGUCCGCCUCCACGGCGCGCUUGCUUGGGGUGCCUGAGGGGGCGGCGCCGGCAGUGGGGCAUGCUGCUGGGUCCAGCCCCACGCCGCCGAUGCCUGCUCGCCCGGGGGGCUCCCAGCCAGCGCCGCCCAGCGUGGCGUGGCCGCGGCGGGCCGGCAAGGCCCGCUCGCCACUGUCCGCUGGGGUCCCGCCGCUGGUGUCUGACCCAUGCGACUUCAACAAGCUGUUCCUGUGCAACCUGUCGGUGGAGGCGGUGAGCUCCAGCUCGGUGACGGUGCGCUGGGCUGUGCGGCCGCACCGCAGCCCCCGGCUGCUGGGUCCGGUGCGCUUCCGCCUCCUCUUCGACCGCUUCGGCGCCGCCGUCAAGUUCCAGCGCUUUGUCUACCUGCCGGAGCGCGGUGAGCCGGCCGCCACGCUGCGGGAGCUCCGCCCGGACACCCCCUACCUCGUGUGCGUGGAGGGUGUCCUGGGCGGCCGCGUGUGCCCCGUGGCACCGCGGGACCACUGCGCGGGGCUGGUCACCCUGCCCGAGGGCGGCGCGGCGGCGGCAGCGGGCAGGCCCCGCGGGCCGGACCAGCAGCUCCUCACCCUGGUGCUGCUGGCGGUCAACGCGCUGCUGCUUUUCGUGGCCGUGGCGGCCUGGGCCUCGCGCCUGGUGCGCAAGAAGGUGCUGGGGCGGCAGCGGCGGAAAGCGGCGCCCGUCCACGUCCGGCAGCUCUACUCCACCCGCCGGCCGCUCCGCUCCAUGGGCACCGGCGUCUCCGCCGAUUUCUCGGGCUUCCAGUCGCACCGGCCGCCCCGCAGCGCCGCCUGCGCCCUCAGCGAGGCCGACCUCAUCGAGUUCCCCUGCGAGCGCUUCGCGGACAGCGGCGGCGGCGCCCGCCAUGGCGACGACCACCUGCUGCAGCGGUUCGCCGACUAACGCG